AUGCAGAGCAUCAGAUCCUCACUCCUCGCUGAGAAUCAAGCCUCCGCUGGGGACUCUCACACCUGUGCCGUGAAGUCCGAUGGUCAGCUGGUCUGCUUUGGAUGGAACCAAUUCGGACAGUGCGAUGUGCCAGAGGACAUAGGAGAGACGUUGUUGGUCUCAGCAGGCCACUCUCACACCUGUGCAAUUACAGCAGAUGGUCGGCUGGUUUGCUUUGGAUGGAAUGAAUACGGGCAAUGCGAUGUGCCUCGAAACCUAGGGCCAGUCUUGACCGUCUCAGCGGGCCGUUCUCACACCUGUGCAAUUACAGCAGAGGGUCAGCUUGUUUGUUUUGGGUACAACUCUGACGGACAAUGCGCUGUGCCCGCAGACUUGGGACCAGUCGUGGCAGUCUCUGCAGGCGAAUCGUACACCUGCACUGUGAAAGCAGACGGGCAGCUGGUCUGUUUCGGUUCCAACGAAUACGGGGCAUGCGAUGUGCCUGCGGAUCUGGGACCAGUAGUGGCGGUCUCUGCCGGCCCAACCCAUAGCUGCGCAGUGUGCGCCGAUCGUCAGCUGGUCUGUUUUGGUUCCAACGAAUACGGGGCAUGCGAGGUGCCAUCAGAUUUGGGACCAGUUCUCGCAGCUUCGGCAGGUCGGUUUCGCACUUGCGCAGUGAAAGCGGAUGGCAAGCUGAUCUCAUUUGGAAACAACAACCAGGGGAAGUGUGAUGUUCCCGCAGAUUUGGGAAGAGCUGUCUUGACCUCAGCAGGCGGAUAUCACACCUGUGCAGUUAUGGCAGAUGGUCAGCUGACCUGCUUCGGAGCGAACCCAGACGGCCGCUGCGAUGUGCCAGAGGACCUCGGGUACGAGUCUGAAUUUCCGACCACUCCCGUCAUGAUCCAGGUUGCCAAAGACCUGAAGGAGAUCUUGGAGAUAGCGCGAGGCUUCUGUGCGAGUUCUGCAGCCUACGCCGGAAAGGACUGUAUGGGAUAUGCGGACCGAAAUCAGAUCUUUGUGUUUUGGAGGGCAGCAGCAACACCCACAAUAUCGAGUAUUGAAGCAGGCUCCCCUUUGCUGAGCGGCGUGUCCUUCUUCGAGUUCCAUGUCCGCUAUGACAAGGGGGGCAGCGAGAUGGAUUUCGGCAUCUUCCAACUUGGGGACUACCCCGUGGCCGAGUUCGAUUACUUCGGAGACGAGUUCCAAGCUUGGUGCCUGGUGCCAGCAGCCAAGGGCGAUGGUGAGCUGCCACGUGCUGUGGCUUCAGCCUACGGCGGCUCCGCGGACUUCUCGCAGCUUUGCAUUCCCGAUCCUCGCAAGGUCACCCUCACCUCCCACGGAUACCGGAGUAUUGCUGAGCAGGAGAAACCAGAAAGGAUGCAAGUCUUCAUCGAUCGUUUGGUCGCGCAUUUCGGUGGCAAGGUCACGAACUCGCACGACCGCGACGAAUUUGCACGUGGAUUCACUUUCCAGGAGGGUCGCCGUGAAGGAUCCCUCCGUUUCGCUUCAUUGGUUGUCGCACUGCAGGAGCAACCUGGCUGGGCAAGUUGGAACAACGAUGUCAGCUGCGUUGCCGAUCGGGACUCUCAUGCACCGGCUGUGGGCAGCGCCGUAGGUGAUGCGUGCCGGAACAUGAAGGAAUUCCGAUGCUUGGAGAUCCCGGAAGCCUGCAAGUCCAACAUUUGGGAUGUUGCAGACUACGAUGUUCCUGUGGCAAGCGUUCCACCAGCUGCUCAAGCAAGGGUGUCGGGAGAUGGAGAGAUUGUCGACAAGCCGACAACACUGCAUCAAGACCGAGGUGAAUUUCGCCUGAGGGAUCUGGCCAUGUACGCCUGCUCUGGUCUCGGCGGGUACAGUGCGUCUUCGGCCAUGACAGGUAACGCUGGCACAUAUUCGCUCCCUCCGGCACGCUCCGAAGGACUCCGCUCGGAAGGCUUCAACUAUUGUCCAGGUCAGACCUUGAAGAU